CCUCACACAUACAGAAUGACGUUUUAGUUCGUGUUUAAAUACUACUCUUUGGUUCGUGUUCGUAAACCGAUAAGGAAGGAAUGACAAAAAAACAUUUUAAAUUGUUUUAUUAGAUACUAUUUUUUUUCUAUUUGUAUAUAUUUUACAAUGACUGAGAUAACAUGGCCCUGGCAGUAUAACUUUCCACCGUUUUUCACUAUACAACCUCACGCAGAGACAAGAGCGAAGCAAUUAGAAGCAUGGCAGCAACUCAUAGUUGAAUACCUUAAAGCCACCAGACAAUCUACAGUAGACGUAAGAGAAACGCAAAAUAAUCCACUGUUCAAUAACACUGCAAUAAAUAGGAAGUUGUCACAAGAAGCUGUUCUAACAAUCUUAGAAGAUAUGGCACGUACUGGCAGGGCUGCUCCUACUGAUAAAAGUAAAAAUGUAUGGGAGGUGUACUGGCAUUCCUUGGAUGAAUGGGGCAAUAUGGUCUACAAUUGGGCUUGCAGUAAUGGCCUAAAUAAUUCAGUUUGUACCCUAUUUGAACUUCGGGAAGGUGAAAACACAGUUGAUGAAGAAUUUCAUGGCUUGGAUAUGAAUGUGCUAUUGAAGGCUCUAAAGGCAUUAGAGAUUAAAGGCAAGUGUGAAUUGAUGGAGUUUGAUGACAAUCAGGGUGUGAAGUUCUUCUAAGUAAAAAUAGGUUUAAUUAUAAUUUGAGUCAGGAAAAUGAAGUCUGUAGGUCACUCUUUUUGGUUACUUACUUGGUUUUUAGUUUGCCGGC